AUGUGGCACUUAAGGUUGUCAAGCACGUCAUUCGACCCAAGGGUGGUUUAUGAUGGACACCCUACAUUGUUUACCAUCAAGCUACAUCAUGGAGGUGAGUUCACAAAGUAUCCAAAUGUCAACUACAUUGAGGGUACUGUGACGUACGUAGAUAUGGAAGAUAUAGAAGAGUUUUCUAUUCACGAGAUGGAUGCGAUUAUGAAAGGGUUAGGAUACUCAGUUCCUCCAAUUAUCUACUAUCAUUUUCGAGUGCCAAAAGGAGACAUGCAUUUUGGGCUAAGGGCCUUAGGAAAUGAUGGUGAUGUCCUCAAUCUUGCCCAGAUUGGUGGGAAUAAGGAUGAUGCAGCUAAUAAAUUUGAACACGGAUUUAAUGAAUUUGAUAAGGCAUGUAAUGAUAUUAACCAAUAUUUUAAUGAAUUUCAUGAGGCAUGUAAUGAUAUUGACCAGGGAUUUAAUGAAUUUGAUGAGGCAGCUAAUGACUUUGAUAUUGGGUUGUACCAACAGAUUUUACAGUCUAAUGAACAAAAUGUAGAUGAUGAGGUUCAUGAAGGUGAGGAAAAUGCAUUUAAUAAGGAAGUCACUGAAGAAGAGAAUCAUGAUAGAAAUAAAAUUAAUGAUGAGAAUGUAGAUAUGAGAGAUUUUGCAGUUGAUGAUGGAAGUGAAGAUAACAUAGAAACUGAUGAAGAGAAUCAUGAAAGAAGUGAUGAGAGUGAGGACAGUGAUAAUAGUGAUUUAUGGGUGGAUGAAAACAACAUAAUCCUUGAUGUAGAAGUAGAUAUGAGGGAUUUUUACAUAAAUAUAGAUCUUGAAGCAGAAUUUCUUGAAAAAAGAUUAUCAAAUCAUAGAGAGAAUGAGAGUGAUGAGGUCAAUGAAGAGUUGGAUGUUAUAGAUAAUGAUCAAUCGGAUUCAUUGGAUGAGGGUUCUGAUAUAGAAAGGAAAAGACUAAAUGUAAUAAAGGAAUUGGGGAAGGAGACUAUCUGCUAUCAAGGUGAGAUACACAAGGGUGAUUACAAAAAGCAAUAUGAUGUUCUUAGAGAUUACAUCCAGGAGUUGCAGUCUAUUAAUCCAGAAACCACUAUCAAGUUAGAGUUUGAUUCAGAACUCAGCCUAAGUGCUACCUCAAGAAGGUUUAAAAGGAUGUAUGUGUGUUUGGGUGGAAUGAAUAAGAGGUUUAGAGCUUGCCUGAGGGAUUUUCUAGGUUUUGAUGGGGCAUUUAUGAAGGGGCCUUUCCCAGGAAAAAUUUUAACUGCAGUUGGGGUAGACUCCAACAAUGGAAUAUACCCCCUAUCUUAUGCCAUUGUUGAGACUGAGAACACUGAUAGUUGGAAGUGGUUUCUAGAGUGUAUUACAGAUGAUCUGGACCUAUAUGCAAACUCAAAAUUCACAUUUAUAAGUCACAGACAAAAGGUUUGGAUUGUAGGCUGCCAUUCUCAGUUGUUCCCAUGUGCUGAGCACAGGAUUUGUCUCGGGCAUAUACAUGACAAUAUGAGGAAAACAUGGAGAACUAAUGAGUACAAAGAACACUUGUGGAAUUGUGCUACAACUACAACAGUACCAGAGUUCAAUCAUAGGAUGCAGCAAUUCAGCUCAUAUGAUAUAGAAGCUUAUAAUUGGUUGAAGCAGAUUCCCCCACAACACUGGGAAAGAAGCCACUUCACAGGUAGAGCAGUUUCAGAUAUGCUUCUGAAUAAUCUUUGUGAAGUUUUUAAUAGCAAAUUGAUUAAGGGAAGGGACAAACCACUGAUAACCUGCUUGGAGUACAUUAGGGAGUAUAUGAUGAAAAGAAUAUGUAUUAUCAUAAAGGUGAAAAAGAAGUGUGUUGAUCCACUAACCCCAUCUGCAACAAAGAUCAUGGAGAAGAAUGUGAAUUGGGCAUCUCAGUACACAGCUAGGUGGAAUGGGUCUGAUAAAUACCAAGUGGAAGGGCCAUGGCAGGAUCAACAUGUUGUUGAUAUGUUAAAAGAUUAUGCAGUUCUAGGAAGUGGGAAUUAA